AUGCUCCUGCUAUUUGAAAAGAGAGUUCUGCUAUUUGAAAAGAAUGCUCCGCUAUUUGAAAAGGGAGUUCUGCUAUUUGAAAAGAGAGUUCUGCUGCUUGAGGAGAAAGUUCCGCUAUUUGAAAAGAGAGUCCUGGUACUUGAGGAGAACGUUCUUGGAUUUGAAAAGAGAGUUCUACUAUUUGAAAAGAAUGCUCCGCUAUUUGAAAAGGGAGUUCUGCUAUUUGAAAGAAUGCUCCGCUAUUUGAAAAUGGAGUUCUGCUAUUUGAAAAGAGAGUUCUGCUACUUGAGGAGAAAGUUCCGCUAUUUGAAAAGAGAGUUCGGCUACUUGAGGAGAAAGUUCCGCUAUAUGAAAAGGGAGUUCUGCUAUUUGAAAGGAAUGCUCCGCUAUUUGAAAAGGCAGUCCGUUCCACUAUUUCAAAAGGGAGUUCUGCUAUUUGAAAAAACUGCUCCGUUAUUUGAAAAGGAAGUUCUGCUAUUUGAAAAUUAUGCUCCGCUAUUUGAAAAGGGAGUUCUGCUAUUUGAAAAGAAUGUUGAAUAUAAAGUUCCGCUAUUUGAAAAGGGAGUUCUGCUAUUUAAAAAGAAUGGUCCGCUAUUUGAAAAUGGAGUUCUGCUAUUUGAAAAGAAAGUUCCGCUAUUUGAAAUGGGAGUUCUGCUAUUUAAAAAGAAUGGUCCGCUAUUUGAAAAUGGAGUUCUGCUAUUUGAAAAGAGAGUUCUGCUACUUGAGGAGAAAGUUCUGCUAUUUGAAAAGAGAGUUCUGCUACUUGAGGAGAAAGUUCCGCUAUUUGAAAAGAGAGUUCGGCUACUGCUAUUUGAAAAGAAUGCUCCGCUAUUUGAAAAUGGAGUUCUGCUAUUUGAAAAGAGA